AUGCAGCAGCAACAGACCGAAGAUGCCGAGGACGCGCACGAGUCUAGUGUGACUGUGGUGAUGCGCAGCGCAGGGCGAGGGAGCGAGGCGGACGUGAGGGUUCGAGACUCGGUGACAGGGGUGAAGAGGCCGGGAGCGAAGAGGCGAGGCGGGCGACGCGCAGCAGAGCAGCGACGGGGGCAAAGCGCGCGCGGCGGCCGCAAGCGACGACGGCCCGCGCGGCGCGGCGGCGCGGUGGGCGACGUCAGCAGCGCACCGCCGGCCGAGCGAGCAUCGGCACCGCCGUCAGCCUCUCGCGCACUAAGACUCAACUCUGACUGCGCCGUCUCGCAGCCGACGCUGCUGCAGCGCAGCAAUGCUUUCGCCGUGCUCUUCCUCAAGGACACGCUCCUGCUGCUGCGCGACAGGCGCUCGUGCUCCAUGGACAGCGUCGCGCGCGGUGUGCGGAGCUGAGGCGCCGCCGCGGCGCGCUCGGCUCCGCCUGCGCUUCAGCUCGCCGAGGCGGUGGCACCACCAAGGCAGCUCGUCGGAACCCUCGCGGCCCUGGCCCAUCAUGCGCUCUUGCGGCUGCUGCGCCGAACGCCGCUGUCUGCCACUGCGACUGCAGCGCUGCGUCUGCCUCUCUCGCGUGCCACCUCGGCCGGCGUCUGGCGACGGACGUCUCCUGCUAGCGUGGCGUGGCGUGAGCGCGCUCGGCCGUGCAAGCGUUCAGGGUUCAAGCCAAUACAAUACUGCACGCACGACGGCGCUAUUGGGCAUUAGCAGAUCCUCGGGCG